AUGGAUAUAGAAGAAGAAAUCGAGCUCCUAAAUAAGGUACCUGAUGAUUUACCUAAAAUACAUACAAAAUGCAAGAGCAACCGUCCACACACCAGUCCAUAUGUAUCGCCGGAAAACACAAUACCGUCUACAUCAGGCCUCCAGAACGAGAAACCAGCAGGGACUAUGAGAAAAAAUGACGAAGAAGCGCCCAAUGCAAAAGAGAAAGGGGAGGGUUCGCUAUCGGAUUGGGUGACAGGUGGACCUGUGGGAUCGAAGGCCGCCGUCUUAGUGUUCCGAUCAUGUGUCCUCGCAUCCAGGACUCCAUCUAUGGAGUCCACGACCAAAACGGUCGGAAACAACACGGGUACCGCGAUGCUGCUCAACAAAGCGAAGAACAUGGCCAAGAGAUUAGUAGCGGAACCGCACUCUUUCAGCGUCAGGCCAAAGACAAUAAUGCACGAUGUCAUGGAGACCUUCGGGAACACCAAGUACACGGGGCAGGCGUAUGUCGUGAGACAUGUGAGCGAAGCUGAAAUACCCAUAACGGAGUCCAUUGAGGAGCAAGGGCACGAAGCGGUCGAGCAUAAGAGGGAUAUAGAGGAUGUACUUAAUGAUCUCAGUAAGAUUACACUAAAGAAGCAUUUGAAUAUAGAGAAUACUACAGCUAAUAUUAAACCACCAGAGGAACCGCCGCCAGUAGCCAAAGAAACCAAAGAUGAGAAGAAAGGAAAGAAAAACAAGGGAAAAAGUAAAAAGAAAAACAUACAAAGGACGGUUUCACCGAGUAUCGAUAGUGAUGACUCUGAACACAUGCUAGUCAAAGAAGUAGAUAGUAUUAAGAUUUUAGAAAGUAGUCACAUGCCGGCCAGAAUCUUAAAAUUGACAUACAAACUAGUGAAUACGGAGACGAAACUCUUGCAUAGACUUCUUCAGGCCCACGGGCUGCAGGAAUCCUGUCCCGACUCUAAAGACUUCAAUCUCUUGUGGGCUGGACUCCAUCCUAAGCCGGACGUGUUGAGGGCUUUAUCGGCAUAUCAGAGAGUCAAUCACUUCCCUAGGUCCUACGAGCUUACACGCAAAGAUAAACUGUUCAAGAAUAUAGAGAAAAUGCAAUAUUUUCGUGGCCUAAAGCAUUUCGACUUCAUUCCCACGACAUUCCUCAUGCCGGCUGAAUAUAAAGAGCUCUGUACAACACACUAUAGGACAAAGGGACCAUGGAUUGUCAAGCCCGCGGCCUCUAGUCGAGGACGAGGCAUUUACAUUGUGAAUACGCCGGAACAGAUACCAAAAGGAGAGAACGUAGUGGUGGCUAAGUACAUAGACAAGCCGCUUCUGAUUGGCGGACACAAGUGCGACCUGCGUCUGUAUGUGUGCGUGACAUCCAUAGACCCACUUCUCAUCUAUUUGUAUGAGGAAGGACUCGUUAGAUUCGCAACUGUCAAAUAUGACAAGACAAAUAAGAAUCUGUGGAAUCCCUGUAUGCACUUGUGCAACUAUAGUAUCAACAAAUAUCACACAGACUAUAUUAAAUGUGACGACCCUAACGCUGGUAAUAUAGGCCACAAAUGGACGCUCUCAGCAUUAUUACGUCAUCUGCGAAAGCAGGGUCGCAACACAGCCGCCCUAAUGGCGGCUAUAGAAGACUUAGUCGUGAAAUCCAUACUCUCUUCGGCACAGACCAUCACAGCAGCUGCUAGGGUCUUUGUGCCGAACCUUUUCAAUUGUUUUGAGUUAUUUGGUUACGAUAUUUUAGUUGACGACAUGCUGAAGCCUUGGCUUUUAGAAAUCAAUUUAUCACCGAGUCUCGCAUGCGAAAGCCCUCUAGACGCCAGGGUUAAAUCAGCUCUCCUGGCAGACACGCUGACACUGGUGGGACUUCCCGCCGUACCUAUGGGAAGACACGAACCUUCGCCUCAGAAUAACUCACUCAAGAUGAGAAUUGGCGCUUGCCGCCGCGUCCACUCGGCGGAAAACGUCUGCGUCCGCGGAAAGAGCAACAGUACGAACGGAGGUCCAGCACAGAAUACUUCCCAAGCUCAAGGGGCCAUUGCGAAUCUGCUGACCGGCGAAGAACUGCGUAUAGUGCGAGCUGUGCGGGCGCAGUACGCCAGGCGAGGCGGUUUUGUGCGGAUCUUUCCUAGUCAGAACUCGUGGCAGAAGUAUGCACAGUACUUAGAUCCAGUGACCGGUAUCCCGGUAUGUUCGACGUCUCUGAACAAUAACGCACCAUACACUGUUGUGCAACACAACUAUAACCUUCUGGUGCAUUCACACGUUUUGCCCCACUUCCAACACGCUACAGUUGCUACCAGUCUCACCGAUACGCCGCAAAGGUUGAAACGUUAUGAAGCCGUGUGCAUAGCGGGAGCUGCGCCCGCUGUUCAGAUCAAUUCCCCAGGAGAGGCGAGCGCUCCACCUAGAGAUGCAAGACGAGCUAAGGAACUUAUUAAGAACCAGCUGAGCGAUGGGAUGAAGUUGACUAUGGGAGAAGGUCGUCGGGCGUUCGGUCUAUACCUAACUCAUGUGCUCAAGCGUAUUUCGUCGCCUAGCAACGAGAUGGCCGUGCAACACGCUGCGCUAGUUCUCCGCUUCCUACGCCGCGCAUCGGCCUCCCUUCGUAUGCCUUAUAAUGGUCCAUCUGCGAAGAUGUGCGACAAGGACAGAUGCGCGAUCAUCGCGAAGCAGCUGAACGACUUCCUGUACAUGUACUAUCGGGAGACUGACCUGUAUACGGACAGCAAUGACCGCGACGGCUGCGUCUCCAACAUACACUUCGCGCACUUCCUCUACGCUGCCAGUGAAGCCGACCUUGAAGACGUGUUACUCCUCGUGUUGCGAUCAGAUAACUGGGUGGCGACGUUCCUUGGCGAUACACGCAGUGCACUCUGCGUAGACGCACCGCCAACUAGACUCGCACAUACAAGUCGACAUACCCUUUUAAAGCAUUUAGCUGCUGUGGCUCCUAUCAAUUGCAGGAAAUAUAGGCCCACACCAGAUUCCAUGAGUCGAUCUGACUCCUCUAGUGUUGCGCAGGAGUCUGACAGUUCGCCACCUCCCCCACCAUACACCACCUCCGACAUCGUCCUCAAGGACUCGCUGAAGGAAGAGAAACCUCAUAACGUAGCCCUCAAAUACGCGAGGUCAUAG